GCCAAAGCACAUUGCUAUUCUCCUGCCUCCGUCGCUUUGCUAAUUUUUCUUGAGGAAUCCCAGGUCAGAAUAAGAAGCAAGGACUCCACAUCUCUCUUUGAUCAAUCUGGUUAAGAUUAUGAGCUCCUGAAGGAGGAUGAAGAGAAAGACGGACUCACCAGACGUAGCGACGACAUCUGCAUCUGCCGAUGACUGCGAUUUGUCGUCAGGGGCUGAGUUUGAGGUGUUCUUAAAUUUUAGAGGCCCCGACACUCGCCUCAGCUUUGCUGAUUGUCUCUAUCACUCCCUGGUUCGAGCUGGGAUUCGCGUUUUUAGAGACUUCGAAGAGAUCCGAACGGGCGAAGUGAUUGGAGAUAAGCUCCUGCAAGCCAUCGAGUCCUCCAAAAUAUACGUGCCCAUCUUCUCUAGGGACUACGCAUCAUGCACGUGGUGUCUUCGCGAGCUCGCGCACAUGGUGGAGUGCUCGAGCAAAGAAAACGGCAAAGUGAUCCUACCCAUUUUCUACUACGUGAAUCCCGACGACGUGAAGCUCAAAACUCGAUUAUACCUCGACGAUCUGAAGCAGCAUGAGAAGAAGUUUGGCUGCGAUGAUGUUCGACAAUGGAAGAACGCUCUGACCGAGGUCGCAAGAAUCAACGGAUGGGGCUUGAAGGACAAAGGGUACGAUUGUGGGUUCGAAAUCUGCUUUCUUCUGUUUUUUCUGGGCAAUUAAAAAGCAUAAUUAUACAUAUUCACUAGAGAAGUACGUUUUUUGUUGAGAUGAUGAUGCGUUCUCAUGAUGCUUUACUGCUUACUGUCCCAAAAGAAAC